UUAACCAUAUAUUAUUUUUUCAUAUGGGAUAUGUGUGUAAAUGAUUGUGUGACACAGGGCUAUAUGCCCUGUUGAUAUAUUUCACAAAUGAUAAAAAAUAAACAUAUGUAUUGAUUGUUUAAUGUACCACCCGCGAUGGACAUGUCCAUCCUGGACAGUUAUCAUCUUAUUGGAUUUUAUUCAAUGAAGAGACUUAAUAUAAGAAAUGUUUAACUGUUUCUGAACUCUCAAAGUUAUCCGUAUGAAAAUUUAAAUCUCAAUGUAACAUGAUCGUAUUAUUGAAUAUAAUCCAAUGCGGAGGACUGUUAGAAAAAUCCACUAAUAAAUUUUACAUGAAAUAUAUAUGAAAAUAGUCUUGCAAACUAUUCGUAAUAUGAUUGGUUAAAAAGUAAUUUAAUAUACGUAAACGACACAAUAAUAUAUCAUGAGCAUUUAAUAUACUUUUAAGCUUACAGAAAAUAUACAAAUCAGUACAGUAUAUACACGGUGCAUUUUAAUGUCAAACUCUCUCGCGUUGUAUAUUAUAUUAAGGCGCUAAAUAUUAAGGCGCUAAAUUUAAGGCGCUAAAUAUGUACUUAGCAUUUAAGUUUUGAGAGCGGUCGAUUUAAAAUUAUCGUUGAAUGUUCUGAUGAUGACAUCUAUCUACAGUCAUUGAAGUGAAAACAUUCAUUAAUUUCGAAGAAAGUAACACGCCCAUUUGAGAUAAAAAAAAAAAAAAAGUCACAGAAGAUUCGACAUAUUUAUUUGAGUGGCGCUGUAGUUUUGAUCCGAUAAAUAUUUACGAACGUAGCCUUUAAUCUAUUCGGCAUACCAACUGUGAUGUGUGCUCAAGUGUGGACAUUCGUUCUUUCGUUCUUCAGCAAUCGUAGGGGUUAGAUCGCAGAAAUAAAGUGGUUUGGCGUUGUGUAAUUUCUUAACAAAUAUUCAUAAAAUUUCAAAAUCUUAAAAUGUCUGCGCAAUCAUUUAUUGAUAAAUUUACCACUGAUGAGGAAGUCGGAGGCUGGACCGCUGGAGAUGAAACGAUUAAAUUUCACGGAUAUGUCGAUGCUAUAGAAGGUUUGACACACGUGGCGACUGCAACUAAUCCGCGAACGCCAUUAUACAAAAUAACAGUAAAUAACGGUAGCAAUUCACGAGUCCGCGUUCUCUUUUGGGCAGAACUCGCUAAAAAGUAUUCAGCUUUGAUUAAUUACCGUGUGUUCAUUAGCAUUGUCGGCGCUAAAUCAAAAAUUAACGGGUAUAUUAGCCCAAAAGAUGUCGUGUGUAAACUUUGUUUAGUAAUCCAGUCUUCAACGGAUAUAACAAUCAGUUCACUGAAGUAUGAAAAUCAAUACACGUCUGGUACCAUCGAAUUGAAGGCUAUUGAAGAUUUAGAAGAUGUUAAUGCCAUUGUCGAUGUUAAGGGCUUCCUUAAACAGGAAUUUCGGCAAGCUUCCUCAUAUGGUGGUAGUUAUGCAUCGGGGGUACUGGUUGACAAAAAAGUGAGGUUACCUCUACGUGUCAUAGGUUUCAACGUCGCAGAUAUCAGAAAAUUCCCUAAAGGAUGUUAUUUAAAAGUCCGUGGUACAGCUGUCACACCUACUGAUGGACCAACUCAAAUGCGAGUGGACUCAUUAGAUGGCAUUACCCGGGACAGUGAUGUUAUUCCAUUAACACCAGAUGAGCUUAGAGUAAUGGGGAUUACAUCUCCGAAGAGGAAGUAUGAUUUCGACGAUUCCGAAAACAAGAAGCGAUUUGCCGAGUUACAUUACUUGAAACAAUUCCAUAAAGCGAACAAUUAUAAUUUCAUCUUUGAGUGUAUCAAUCGUUUUUAUGAACAAUGUUAGAACUUUAUAUGCUUAUUCAAAACUAAAGGGAAAAAAUAAUACGACUGUACAUCGUCAUAUAGAAUCUUCAGUCUCAAUCUUAAGAAAUCAAUGGAAAAUCUUUAUAACAAUUGACAUGUUAAUUAUAUUACUAUUAAAUUAACUAAAUUUGAAUCUUAAACCCCAACUUAACCAUUACAUAAAAAUUUAACUUACAUGAAAAAUUAUAAC